UGGGAGUGUGACAGGGGCCGCUGUGCGUGCGCAGACACGAUGCCGGAGCUGCAGUCGACGUUCAUCGAGCAGGCGCUGAGCCCCGGCCCGCCCGUAUCGCUGCGAUGCUCCGCCACCGGUUCCCCGCCGCCGCACUUCACGUGGGCGCUGGACGGCCAGCCGCUCACCGCCGUCUCCCUCGGCCAGCGGUACACGAUCGGGCAGUACGUGGACCAAGCGGGCGACGUCAUCAGCCACCUGAACAUCUCGAGCGUGCGCGUGCACGACGGAGGCCUGUACAGCUGCAGCGCUCAAAACAGCCUGGGAACCGUCGCCCACGAAGCUCGACUCAACAUUUACGGGCCGCCGUACGUGCGCGUGAUCGAGCCGGUGCAGGCGGUGGCCGGGGCGCAGGUGACGCUGCGCUGCCCGUACGCGGGCCACCCGGUGGCCGCGGUGGGGUGGGAGCGCGCCGGCCAGUCGCUGCCGCCCGACCUGCGGCUGCGCGCGGCGCCCGGCGGCGCGCUGGUGAUCGCGCGCGUGGAGCCGGCCGCCGACGCGGGCGCCUACACGUGCGUGGUGCGCGGCGCGGGCGGCGAGGCUGCGCGCAGGGACAUCGAGCUGCGCGUCAACAGCCCGCCCGAGCUGCAGCCCUUCUUCUUCCCGGCCAACAUCCAGGAGGGCGGGCGCGUGCAGGUCACGUGCUCCGUCUCCACCGGCGACCUGCCCAUCCGCUUCUCCUGGCUCAAGGACGGCAAGGCCAUCCCCUCCGCGCUGCAGGUGGAGGAGCGGCUGGCCGGGGACUUCUUCAGCCUGCUGGUGUUCAACAGGGCCACGUCGGCGCACUCCGGCUCGUAUACGUGCGUGGCUCGCAACAACGCCGCCAGUGUCAACCACACGGCGCAGCUGCUCGUCAAGGUGGCCCCGCGGUGGCUGACGGAGCCGCAGGACGCGGCGGCCCUGGCCGGGGGCUCCGUGGCGCUGCACUGUCAGGCCAAGGGAUUCCCCGAGCCCCACCUCACCUGGAUGCGUAGGGACCACUCGUCGGCCGAGUACCAGCCGCUGGAGCCGGGCGCGGGCGCGGCGCCGGUCGCCAACGGCAGCCUCAUCUUCGAGGCCGUGGCGCCCGCGGACGAGGGCUACUACCUCUGCCGCGCCGACAACGGCAUCGGCCCCGGCCUCAGCAAGGGCGUGCAGCUCGCCGUCAAUGAGCCCGUGCGCUUCGACGCGCCGUCGCGCAACGUGACGGCGCGGCGCGGGCAGUCGGUGACGCUCACGUGCAACGUGCUGGGCGACCACCCCAUCCAAGUGGACUGGCACUUCAACGGGCAGCGCAUCCACCGCAGCUACAGGUGGGAGCACGCCAGAAUCUCGUUGUCGGACGCAAAGUCAGAGGCCGGAUUGCGGUCGGAGUUGGCUAUCGAGAGAGCCGACCGUCAAGACUCCGGCGUCUACGUCUGCCAAGCAGGCAACGUGUUUGGUCACAGUAAAAUGGCCAUCCACCUAGCAGUGCAAGAGCCCCCGGACCCGCCGCUGGAGGUGGAGGUGGUGGAGGUGAGCAGCCGCGCGGUGCGCCUGGCGUGGAGGCCGCCGUUUGACGGCCACAGUGCGCUGCUGGGCUACCUGCUGCAGUACAAGCCCGCCAUGUCGCGGCCCGACGACUGGCAGCACGGCAGCGCCGCCAACCUCUCGGUGCUGGCCACCGACAGCGGGCUCGCGGGCACGGGAAUUGAAGCUCCACGAAGUGCUGUUAUUGGAGGUCUUCAUCCAGCAACUACCUAUCAUGUUCGAAUGUUGGCCAUCAAUGGCAUUGAACCUAGUGCCUUCACAGAACCAAUUGCAGUCAAGACUCAAGAGGAAGCUCCUAUUGGUGCUCCCCUAGAAGUUCGAGUGGAGACUCUUAGUCCAGAGGAAUUGCUUGUGUCAUGGAAGCCUCCAUCAUCUGAGUCCUGGAAUGGGGACUUGCUAGGAUAUACCGUGGAAUGGGUUGUACAUGGUGCAGCACCUGGGGAUACUAAUAAGAGCAGUUCUCACACAGUACGGGGUCUAGCUGCCACAGAGCUGAGACUCACUGAUUUGCGCAAAUUUACUCGCUAUGAUGUUACAGUAAGAGCCUUCAAUAGUGUUGGUUCUGGUCCCCGGUCUCCACCAAUAACUGCAACUACACAAGAAGGAGUUCCUGAAGCCUCUCCUCAAAAUGUUACUUGUUCUGCUCUUUCAUCACAAAGUGUGAAAGUUGGUUGGACUCCACCACCUGCUGCACAGCAUGGAGGUAUCAUUCAGGGCUACAAAGUUGUCUAUCGACCAGUUCUGUUGGAUCGUUCGGCAUUAUUUGUAGCAGGCAGUGAAGUGAAACGUACCUCAAGUUUGGAAACAUAUCUACAUGGUCUUCUGAAAUACACCAACUACUCUGUAAGAUUGCUGGCAUAUACCAGUGUAGGUGAUGGUGCCAUAUCUGAUCCAGUGUAUUGCACUACUGAACAAGAUGGCCCACCUGCAGCUAUUAAAGCUUUAGCACUUACUUCAGAUUCUAUAUUAGUUUCAUGGAGACCGCCAGAACAACCUAAUGGAGUUAUUGUGCAGUACACGGUCUAUGUGAAUGAAGUUGGUCAUGUUGACAAGCCUAUCAGUUUCCCAGUACGCCUAGCUGUUGGAGCUGAUACAGUGUUUGAAGUGCGUUCAUUAGUGGAACAACAGCGUUACGAAUUCUGGGUGACUGCAUCUACUACUAUGGGAGAAGGUGAUGGAAUUCAUCCAGUUAUUCAGGCUCCAAAUUCAAGAGCUCCAGCUCGCAUUGCAUCAUUUUCUCAGGUGCUGCGACAGCCUGUGAAAAGUGAUGCUAUCUUACGUUGUGUGGCUGUAGGAAAUCCAUCACCUACUGUUAAAUGGUAUCUCCGACGUGCACCUCUUAAUCCUGAACCAGGUGCACGUUUUAAUAUUUCUGAACAUGGAACUUUAUUUAUUAGAGUGCUAACAUCUCCAGCAGCUCCUGUUCUUGAGCUCAUCCAUGCUGGACAGAACAGUCUAGGCUUGAGGUGGGUGGCUCCUGCUGAUGGAGGGGCUCCGCUUUUGGGUUAUGUAUUGAGUUAUAAAAGAGACCAUGGAAACUGGCAAGAAGUACAUCUUGAAGCUGACAAAGUUCAAUAUACAUUACAAGGUCUUGCAUGUGGAUCAACGUAUCACACCUACCUAAUAGCACAUAAUCGAGUGGGAAAUAGUCGUCCUUCUGGCAUUGUCACUGCUACUACUAAAGGUGGAGUGCCACAAACUCCUUCUGGUGCUGGACUCAUAGCUGCAAAUGCAACAUCACUGAACCUACAACUGAGUAAUUGGCCGGAUGGUGGUUGUUCAGUUCUGUAUUUUGUUGUUGAGUAUCGAACACUAACAGGAUCUCGUGAUUGGACUCUUGUGGACAACAAUGCACCAGCCAGGCAACUGAUCAUUCGGGACCUAGCACCUGAAAAAUGGUAUCAACUACGCCUUACAGCCCAUAAUGAUGCAGGCUCAACAAGAGCAAUCUUCAAUGUAGCUACUACUACUCUUCUUGGGGCUACAAUAGCACCACUGGAUGAUCUUGGCAGCUCUGCUGCAGGUGCACAUUUCUAUCAAGAUGUCUACGUGAUGGUUCCAGCUGCUUGUGCUGCAGUAUUAAUUUUGUCAGCUGCUCUUUUAGCAUAUGUUGCAAUUCAUCGGCAAGCUUGCCAAAGAGCCAUAGGUUAUAAAAGAGGUCAAGGUCUGCCAGAAAGCCCAUCUGUAUGCAAAGCUGCAGCUGAAAUGGACAAUAAACGCAAUUUUCAGCAAAUUUAUUCUUCUUCUCCAGCUAAAGUAGAGGAACGGCAUCGCACCAAGCAAGGUGAAGCACCAUCAGAAUUGUAUGAAAUGAGUCCAUAUGCUACAUUUGCGGUGCCACCUGAUCCUCCACGACCUGUCACUGCUGCCACACUUGAUUAUACAGUGCAAUUCAAGACAUUCGGACAUUCAGAGAAUGACAGUGGAGCUCAAAGAGAAUUGCCACACCGACCCAAUAAAAAGCAUCGACAUACAGCAUCUGAUGGGGAAGCCGCUGGAAGACAAGCUGCUAUCACUGCAGCUGCACGUCACAGACAUGCUCAUUUAAAAGCAGCAGCAAGAGGCAAAUCAGCAGAUGAUUCAGAGUCUGAUACAAGUGGAAGUCCUUCUGCUGUUAGUAGUUACAGAGUGCCAAUCAAACAAGCAGCAGGUUCACGUAGUUUAGAAUUGUAUCGACUGGACUCAAGCACAGAGUCAAAUGAAACAUCACCUUUGCCAGAACGACGUAGAGCUUCCCGCCACUUCUCUGAACGUGUUCCGAGCCACGCCAGUAAUUCUGAGUCGAGCUCAGCAGAAGAUGAUGCCAGCUUUUCCAGCUACAGAUUGCAGCCACCGUCCGGUUUUUCUGAUAGUCGUGAAUUGAGCGAAGCAGAAUGUGAUCGUGAUGCUAGUCAACUAGACAAAUUGCUAGCAAGAUUCCACCAACAGAAAGAACAAGAGCGAAUGCAGUUCACUAUUCAUAGUUUUCACAAGAAUAUACAUGAAAGACAAAAAAAAAUCAGUGAUGGUGUCUCAAUGAUGAAUUGGAGGCUGGCAGUGAAAAGAAACAUUAAAGUGCUUUUUUGGAAUUCUUCUUUCAACUACUUUGAAAUGUUGAAGGAGAAGCCAAAUAUAAUUUCAAUUAACUGCUGUUAUCAUACAUUUGUGUAUGUUUACUUCAUAUUCUCUGAAGAUGUUUACUCAUACUUCAAGAAAGAGGGUCAAAUGACUGUUAUUUGUAUAAAAGUACUUAUUCUUAACUCGGAGAAUACUUGUAACAAUUCUACCUCCAGACACAAUAUUAUUAUUAUUAUUAUUAUUAUUAUUAUUAUUAUUAUUAUUAUUAUUAUUAUUAUUAUUAUUUUAUUUUUAUUCUAUUUUAUUUUAUUUUUGAGGCGGGAGACAUCCUUUAUUGAGAAAGGCAAAUUAUUCAAGGCCAUCUUCAAUGUUAAAAUCAUGGAGGUUACACUCCACAAUUUUUACUGUCACAUAAAAAUUUCACUUCAUGUUUUUGUUCAGAUAACACGUGAAAUGAAGAUUAAAUUAGAAUCAACACUAUUUCCAUCAUUGACAAUGUUUUUCAUAAAAAAACGUAUUUUAAUAAUUGGCUUAAAGAAAGGAGUACGCAGUUUGGCCCGAGAAAAGAAGAAACAACAAAUGAUAAAAAUACAAUUGGUGCUAUCAAAUAGUAGUGACCCGCAAACAUUUUGGAAAGAAGGUUUGGAUUUUUGUGAUAUGUUGUCAGGAUUUGUGAUAUUUGUUGCCCAAGGUUAUGAUCACAGUAAAAUUGUAAAUGUCAUAUUGAAAACGUCCUCCUACAACUACAAUUACGAAGACAGUGGAUUUUUUAUUAAAAUCUGUUCCUUAAAAAUAUAUUUUGAAAUUAGGUUUAAUAAGUCUCAAACUUCCAGGAUAGCCCAACAUCAUGUAUUAGAAACAUUCAUCAAUAGUGGUACUUCUCAAAACUUCAGUCAUUGGAACAACAGAGAGGGAGAAGGGGGAACAAUAUUUAUG